UCUGGCUGGUAGGGCCGGGGUCCCGAGGUCCAGCCGCACGCUCCCAAAAUCGAGGUCCGGGACAGGCCGGCCAGUCAGUUUUUCCUUCUCUCGGGUGUUUUCCAUGCUCCAUCAUGUUGAGGGCGAAGACUCGGCUUUUUUUGCUUUCACCUCAUCACCUGAAGCAACUAAAAGAGUCAUCAGGCUCCAGACUUAUAUGGCAGCGACUUCUGCACCAACAGCCCCUUCACCCAGAAUGGGCUGCACUGGCUAAAAAGCAGCUGAAAGGCAAAAAUCCAGAAGACCUAAUAUGGCGCACCCCAGAAGGGAUCUCCAUAAAGCCGUUAUAUUCCAGCAGGGAUACCAAGGACUUUCCUGAAGAACUUCCAGGAGUGAAGCCAUUCACACGUGGACCAUAUCCCACCAUGUACACCUUUAGGCCCUGGACCAUCCGCCAGUAUGCUGGCUUCAGUACUGUGGAAGAGAGCAAUAAGUUCUAUAAGGACAAUAUUAAGGCUGGCCAACAGGGAUUAUCAGUUGCCUUUGAUCUGGCAACACAUCGUGGCUAUGAUUCAGACAACCCUCGAGUUCGUGGUGAUGUUGGAAUGGCAGGAGUUGCAAUUGACACUGUGGAAGAUACCAAAAUUCUUUUUGAUGGAAUUCCUUUAGAAAAAAUGUCAGUUUCCAUGACCAUGAAUGGGGCAGUUAUUCCAGUUCUUGCAACUUUUAUAGUAACUGGAGAAGAGCAAGGUGUACCUAAAGAGAAACUUACUGGUACAAUUCAAAACGAUAUUCUAAAGGAGUUUAUGGUCAGAAAUACGUAUAUUUUUCCUCCAGAACCAUCCAUGAAAAUUAUUGCUGACAUCUUCCAAUAUACAGCAAAGCACAUGCCAAAAUUUAAUUCAAUUUCAAUUAGUGGAUACCAUAUGCAGGAAGCAGGAGCUGACGCCAUUCUGGAACUGGCCUAUACUAUAGCAGAUGGAUUAGAGUACUGUAGAACUGGGCUCCAAGCUGGUCUGACAAUCGAUGAAUUUGCACCAAGGUUGUCUUUCUUCUGGGGGAUUGGAAUGAACUUCUAUAUGGAAAUCGCCAAAAUGAGAGCUGGGAGAAGACUCUGGGCUCACUUAAUAGAGAAAAUCUUUCAGCCUAAAAACUCUAAAUCCCUUCUUCUAAGAGCACAUUGUCAGACAUCAGGAUGGUCACUUACUGAGCAGGAUCCUUACAAUAACAUUAUUCGUACCACAAUAGAAGCGAUGGCAGCAGUCUUUGGAGGGACUCAGUCUUUGCACACUAAUUCUUUUGAUGAAGCCUUGGGUUUGCCGACUGUGAAAAGUGCUCGAAUUGCCAGAAACACACAAAUCAUCAUUCAGGAAGAAUCGGGGAUUCCCAAAGUGGCUGAUCCUUGGGGAGGUUCAUAUAUGAUGGAAUCUCUCACAAAUGAUGUAUAUGAUGCUGCUUUGAAGCUCAUUAAUGAAAUUGAAGAAAUGGGUGGAAUGGCCAAAGCUGUAGCAGAGGGACUACCUAAACUUCGAAUUGAAGAAUGUGCUGCUCGAAGACAAGCUAGAAUAGAUUCUGGUUCUGAAGUAAUUGUUGGAGUAAAUAAGUACCAGCUGGAAAAAGAGGAACCUGUGGAUGUUAUGGCGAUUGAUAAUACUUCAGUGAGAAACAAGCAGAUUGAAAAACUUAAGAAGGUCAAAUCUAGCAGGGACCCUGCUCUAGCGGAACGUUGUCUUGCUGCGCUGACCGAAUGUGCGGCCAGUGGAGAUGGGAACAUUCUGGCUCUUGCAGUGGAUGCAGCUCGUGCACGAUGUACAGUUGGAGAAAUCACAGAUGCCAUGAAAAAGGUAUUUGGUGAACACAAAGCUAAUGAUCGGAUGGUGAGCGGAGCCUAUCGCCAGGAAUUUGGAGAAAGUAAAGAGAUAUCAUUUGCUAUCAAGAGGGUUCAUCAAUUCAUGGACCGUGAGGGUCGCAGACCUCGUCUUCUUGUGGCAAAAAUGGGACAAGAUGGACAUGACAGAGGAGCAAAAGUUAUAGCUACAGGAUUUGCUGAUCUUGGUUUUGAUGUGGACAUUGGUCCUCUUUUUCAGACUCCCCUUGAAGUGGCCCAGCAGGCUGUGGACGCAGAUGUGCAUGCUGUGGGUGUGAGCACACUCGCUGCUGGUCACAAAACCCUUGUUCCUGAGCUCAUCAAACAGCUCAACUCCCUUGGACGGCCAGAUAUUCUUGUCAUGUGCGGAGGGGUGAUACCACCACAGGACUAUGAAUUUCUGUUUGAAGCUGGUGUUUCCAAUGUAUUUGGUCCUGGGACACGAAUUCCAAAGGCCGCUGUUCAAGUGCUUGAUGAUAUUGAGAAGUGCUUGGAAAAGAAGCAGCAAUCCAUGUAACAUCCAGUUUCCGUUUCAGCUUUUUACUAAAAUAUUCUUUCAGCGAUGAUCAAAGAAUAUAUUUUCAGUUUAGUUCAAUAGCUGAUACACGUUCUCCUGAGAGCUUUACAUUAAAACACCUGACUGAUAAGAAUGUUGUCAUGCUGUAAGUGUGUAUGUACAAUUUCAAAAAAUUUUAAAUUGUAUGGACAAUUUAAAAGAAUUGUCCGCAAAAACUCUCAAUAACACAUGCUCAGUACUUUACCAGAAACUCUAGACAAAGGUAUUCUUUUAAAAAAAUCAUGACUUGUUUUUUGAAAUAUCACUUGUAAAUCUAUUUACUUUCUAUUCUAAGAAUUAAAUUGUACCUUAAAAAAUCUGA